AUGGAGUGCUCCUGGAAGACUCUGCUGCUGCUGGUGUGCGCCUCCCUGGUGGUGCAGUAUGUUGCCCUGCGCUCCUUCAGGGACUCCCUCUUCGGCAUAGUCAUGGUCAAAAUACACUCGCUUGUCAUCGUGGCUAAGACCUUUGUUCCAGGCUGCGAGUCACGUUGGCGGCCCCCGUGCGAUGAGAGCUGGGCUCCACCACCAGAUGGCGCUGCCACCGGCUCCUCCUCCUCCUCCUCUUCCUCUUCCGCCUCCUCUGGCCGUCGCCACAUCCUGCUGUUCGCCGCCACGCGCAGCGGCUCCUCCUUCACGGGCCAGCUGCUCAACCAACACCCGGACGUCUUCUACGUCUAUGAGCCGCUCUUCCACGUCUGGCAGUCCUUCACCAACGCCAGCUCCACCUGCUGCCAGCGUCGCGCGCCCGAGCGGCGGGAACUGCUGGGCGCCUACCGCGACCUGCUGCUGAGCCUCUACACCUGCCAGCUCAGCUUCCUGGAGAGCUACAUCCACCCGCAGCCCCAGGACCACGUCACGCCCGCCCUGUUCCGGCGCAGCUCCAGCCUGGCGUUGUGCUCCCCGCCCGUCUGCCCAGAGGAGGAGGGGAACGCUGGUGGUGGUGGUGGUGGGGAGAGCCAGGCAGGCCAGCCGGAGGAGGCGUGGUGCCACAAGAAGUGCCCCCUGCUGAACCUGACCCUGGCAUCAGAGGCGUGCCUGCGGCGAGACUACGUGGCCAUCAAGGCGGUGCGCGUGCCCACUGUGGGCGAUCUGCGCACGCUGAGCGAGGACCCGCGGCUGGACCUGCGCAUCGUGCACCUGGUGCGGGACCCGCGCGCCAUCCUGGCCUCGCGCAUGAGCGUCUUCAGCGGCUUCCGCGCCUGGCGCAUCUGGAACGCCACGGGCCGGCAGCCGCGCUACGUGGACCUGGCUCAGAUCGGGCACACGUGCCGCGACAUGGAGGCCUCGGCAGAGACGGGCCUGGUCUCGCGGCCGCCGUGGCUGCGCGGCCGCUACAUGCUCCUGCGCUACGAGGACCUGGCCUGGCGCCCGGAGGACAAGGCCCGGGACAUGUACCGCUUCCUGGGCCUGCGCAUGGAGCCCAGGGUGCUGAGCUGGAUCGCGCAGAACACCAAUGUGAGUGCGCUCUCUGCUGCCUCGGAGUGGCACUACAAGUACUCGACGGCGCGCGACUCCAGGGCCACGGCGGAGAGCUGGAGGCUGAGGCUGAACUUCAGCAUCGUGCAGGCGGUGCAGAGCCUGUGCAACAGCACCCUGGCCCUACUGGGAUACAAACAGGUGCAGAGUGUGGAGGAGCUGCGGAACCUCUCCAUCAGCCUGGUGGAGCACAGGACUUUCCAGCCAGGGCUUUGA